AUGUCUGAUUAAUAAAUUAAAUCUCUCCAGUGUGCAGCAAUAGAAACUUAAGCCUAUUAUGAUGUGUAUUGGCAAAUACCUUCAAAGUAGGCAGCUGCAUAUAAUAUGCUUCUCGAUAAAUUCAAUAGUCUAAAAUCUAAAGUGGAGGCUGAAUAUGAUUAUGUUCCAUUACAUCCAUAAAUAUUAGAAAUCUUAAACUAUUUCGAUCAAAGUGAAUCUUCUGAAAUUCUCUAGAUAAAAGAGACUGAUCAUACUUUAUUUUUAGGACCUCCUUCAAGAGAUCCUAGUCAACAUUAUAAUAAAUGUAUUCAAAGAAUAUGUUCUUAAUUACUAAAUGAAAAUCUCAUAGAAGAUUUAGUUGAUUUAACAAUAGAAAAGUAAGUAUUUAAAAAUCUGAAUUACAUACUGAAAUGUAAAGGUUUAGUAUCUAUUGGUUUGUAACCAAUAACAAUUCCAGUGUUAAGUAAUUAUCCACUCUGGUUUAGUUAAGGAUUAAUAAAAACACUCGAAGCCUAUCAAAAUGGAAAUCUACAACCAUCAGAAAUAGAUUAUCUCACAGAACUUCAAAUUAAAUUUAUUCACUCGAGCAUUAAAUAUAAAGAUUCUAAGAUAAAAUAAAAAAAUAGUAAUGGAAGUAAAAAUGAACAAAUUACAGUAUCACCAUAUAAUAUGCCUAAUGUUCGUUAUUCUGAUAUGGAUACUUAACAAUCCUAAUCUCAAUAGAACUUUAAUUCUUUAUAAACCAAAUCAAAAACAAAAAGCAUAUUAGUUUCUAAUUGGUUCCAUUUUAAGACAUAUACAAAUCUUAGACCAAGAGAUACUCCAAGUUAAAUUAAAAGACAUAAAGCAGUAUCAUGUUCAUAAGUUGAUUUACAGGCUCCCUUUAGUCCAUAAAAGUAGAGUCCCUUUAAUUU